CAAGGGAAAAGAAAAGAAAAGCGAAAAGAAACAAAAUUUGCUUCUCUGUUAGCUCAAAGAUCAACCAUGGAAGCUACCGCCCUAAGCUCUGCGGCCACCAUCGUCUCUUCCUCAUCUUCGUCGCUAUCCAUCUUCUCUCCGAAGAAGAGAACAUACUCAUCUUCGCCAAGAAUCGUCCGGCUUUCUAAGAAGGACGACAAAGAUUAUGAUCCCAAAUUCGAAUCGGAUUCCUUGAGCCUCGUUCCUCUAUUCCAAAAUCGAACUCUCUCGAAUGAUGAGGCCAUGGGAUUGGUCUUGAGCGCCGCCUCGGUCAGAGGCUGGACCACCGGUUCCGGGAUGGAGGGGCCGUCUCUUCCGGCAAAGGCCGAUGCGGAGACGAUUUCAACAUUUCCGUGGUCACUAUUCACGAAAUCGCCCCGUAGGCGUAUGCGCGUUGCCUUCACUUGCAACGUUUGUGGACAGAGAACUACACGAGCCAUAAAUCCACAUGCCUACACUGACGGCACCGUCUUCGUGCAGUGUUGCGGAUGCUAUGUGUUCCAUAAGCUGGUGGAUAAUCUGAACUUGUUUCAUGAGGUGAAGUAUUAUGUGAGCUCGAGUUCCAGCUACCAAGAUGCAAAGUGGGAUGUUGGGGGAUUCAAUCUCUUCCAGAUGGAUGACGAUACUGAUGAUGAUGCCGGUGACGGCCGCAAUGACUCCUUCCCUCUUUAAAGAGGUUGGGACUAGUGAUCAAUACUUUGUGCAAACGAAUGCCGCAUAUAUAUAUAUAUAUAUAUAUCUGUAUAUAGCUAGCUUUAUCCUAUCAUCUAGCACGAAUAAUACGUUUGAAGUAUCUCAGUUCCCAUUGAUAAUAAAUUGGUCAUAUAUAUAGCUCGAUA